AUGGCCGCGAACUUUGGGCCGGGAGGUCAGGGCCUUGACCCUUUUGACAAGCUCAAUGCCGACGCAGGCUCACUCCAUCAAGAGGCUCUGUCCCAACCCGAAUUCAAGUAUGCCCAAGAUGCGGCAACGGAGCGCCGUGUUGCUCAAUUGAUGGUAGAUCAGGUCUCCAUACCCAUGACGAUCAACGAGCUCCGAGUACAUGGCGCCACAAACACCAGACGAAGUUUCCUCGACCCCGUCCUGGCACCGUUGGUCUCUAAGGGCCCCGAGUCACCCUCUACUUUGGGUGAGGUGGUUGGCGGAUUACAGAUAGCUAGUGCGAAGCUCAGUGGUUUGCGUAUGUUGCUGCAAGAUCCUGGGUUUGGCCCAACGCUAACAGUUACAGAAAUAUUUCAACCAAACCCCGAAAUCUUCCUAGCAUCCUCGCAACAGACUGACCCAUCCACUACCCCGACCGAUGUCGAUGUUGAUAUCAAACUCCGCGAGCUCUCCCGAUUCAAGCUUCAGACGGGUACGGAUGUUGGAAAUGGCGAGGGCUCAGCUUACGGCUCCUUGCUGUGGAGAAAUAUCUUUGGUGGCGCGGAAACGCUUUCUCUGAAUGCCAAGGCAGGCACCAGAACAAGAUCAGCCUACAGUGCAAACCUCAGCGCUCCGGUAUUGAGCAACCCGGAUAUGAGGAUAUCCUUGGAGGCGCUCUCAUCGGCAGCCGAGAAGCCGUGGGCGUCUCACGAGGAAGUGAUGAAGGGAUCCAGCUUGCGAUUCUCAUGGCUGGACUCGAACCGCGACACGCAUUCGGUGGAGUAUAACGGUGCUUGGCGACAAGUUACUGGCCUCGGCGCCGGGGCCAGUCCUACCAUUCGGGCGGAUGCCGGCGAUACCAUUAAAAGUGCCAUCAAGCAUACAUUCUAUAGAGAGAGGCGAGACAACCCACAGCUCCCGCAGAGUGGAUACAUGAUCCGAUCAGGAUUGGAAUUUGCUGGUAUUGGCCCCCUUGGCGGCGAUGUAGCAUUCUCCAAGGGUGAUGUUGAGUUCGGAGGCGCAGUACCGAUUCCUUUACCUGGUAUUGCAGGACAUUCAGGUGUCUCGAUUGGGGGAGGUUUGAGGAUGGGCGUCCUCUGUCCCCUGCCUCUUGGUUUUGAGUCUGGAAAAUUACUUCCCAGUCGUAUCAACGAUCGAUUCCAGCUGGGCGGCCCCAACGAUGUCCGGGGCUUUAAGCUCGGUGGCUUGGGUCCUCAUGAUGGUCAGGAUUCCGUGGGAGGUGACGUAUUUGCUGCGGGAAGUGUCAAUCUGCUUCUUCCUUUGCCAUACAAGGGUCCUGAAUCAGGACUUCGACUGCAAGUAUUCGCAAACGGGGGACGGCUGGUGGCAUUGAAGAACACCUCAAAAGGGAAGGGCAACGGUACUGCAUUGGAUGGAACGGCGCUGCGAAAUGGUCUCUUCGGUGCCUUGGGUGAUUUGGUGAAUGGCCUGCCAAGCAUUGCCACAGGCGUCGGCCUGGUUUAUGCCCAUCCAGUUGCCCGGUUUGAACUGAAUUUCAGCUUACCUCUGGCAUUGAGGAGAGGGGAAGUGGGAACGAAGGGAUUCCAACUGGGCGUGGGCAUCAACUUCCUAUGA